AAUUUCUUAUGACAGUGAUGAACCUCCAAGUAUUUUCCUAGAAAAUAGUGUUAGUUGUAGGAAUCAACGAGAGUUUGUAUGCAAGGUUUUGUAAGAGAAAAUAAGGUCAGGGACCAUAAGAGUUCUAGGGAAGAUUGGUGAAUGUGACAUGCCUAGGGCUGUGAUGAACUUUUAGUAGAGCAAUUUAAACCACGGUUAUGUUUGGAUGAAAGGUACUUAAAAUUGUGGGUCAAAGGUUCUAGCUCCGUUUUGUAUUGAAACUUUAAAUGAUGUUCAUAGGUUGAUAAAUUCAGAGGCAUGGAUGGCAACAUGUGAUGAAAAGUCAGGCUAUGAACACAUUGCUUUGUCAGAGAAUUCACAAAUUUAAUUUGGGAAUGAAUUUGGUGGAUUUAUCAUCAUGUUUUACACAGUUUUGCCUUUUGAAUGGAAGGAGUCCUUAAAAUGUUAGGGAUUUAUUUGUCAAAAAAUCUAUAUUUUAAUUUUUCCUUUUCCCGAAUUCGGUGGCUGAAAAAUGGACAAAUAUUAUCAGUACCCUAUAUGGCGACAUAUGGAAAUCACUGUGACAUCUAUGUUUCGGCUGUUAAAAUAUUAAUAAUUCGUUUAAAAAAUAAACGGCAAUUUAUUGCAUAUAAAUUGGAUAUAAGCUUCCAAAAUCAUUUACUGCAAAACAUGUAUAAUAUUAUUCGGUUAUUUCAAGAAAAAAAACCCCGAUCUUAACUUGAGCGACAGUGAUAUUUCAAAAUGGAGUCAUAUAAAUGAGAAUUACUGUUAAUGAGAUUGGAUAAUUACUCAACGGUCACCGUGGCAUAUCUUUACGAUAUCCAAAUAUUUCAAGAAUGUUUAUAUAAUAAUAUUGAAUAUAUCUUAUUAAUUAAUAAGGAUAUUUGCGUUUUUCCGAUUGAGUGGAAUACUUGUCUUGCUUUAUUUAAGUUUUAAACACGGGCCCUGGAAGUAAUUGUAAAUAUAUUGCAUGUGCAUGUAUAAAAAAGUACUUUUUUAUACAUGCACAUGCAAUAUAUUUACAAUAACUUCCAGGGCCCGUGGUUUUAAAUGAAAAUCUACUAAAUAUUACAUGUUACAUACAUGCGUUGAUCGACUUUUCAUUUGCCUGUUAUAAAAAAAAAUCCGGAAAUAUAUUGUUCAACGAAUGGACUAGAUAUUAUGCUACUUCCUGCUAUUUCAAGUUAAAUGCGCGGGCAUGUUUAAACUUCCUUAGUUACGUGAUAGUGUUGCUAGAAAGAAGCUGCGUUUUCGUGACUUUCAAGAUUGAUAGUUUGUAAAUCCUAUCAAUCUUCGCCUUCGCCCAUCGAUUCGUCGAAAGUGUCCGGUGCUCGUGUGUGGUUAUACAUCGUUCAAUUGGAACAGUUUAUCAACUGUAAAUUUAUUUUUAUUUUCAUUCUUUAAUUGAAUACAGAAACUUGAAAGGCCGUAUUGGAUACCUUGAAAUUCAUCGUGUCCAAAGAUGAAGGACACUAUGAUUGUGACAACCGAAGUCCUGCCCAAGCGUGAACCGAUUGUAGUAAAUCGGGACGUUUGGUACAGCUUCAUGAGCAAAGAGGAUGCCGACCCUCAGGCCUGUUGGCUUGAGAGGAAGCGACAAGAGAGGAUGAAAGCUGAAAAAGCUGCCCUGGGAGCUUUUACAUCUAGAGUUUCUACAUCUACAACUUCUUCCUCUGGGUCUGUAGUCUUGGACUCCUUGAAAUUGAGAUAUAUUCAGCAGAAGGUGGACAGAAACCAAAACCAGACUCCUUCUCCACCAAGUUCAGUUUCUCCACCAAGUUCAGUUUCAUCAACUGAAUCAGAUGAUGAGGUACCCAGAAUCCUAAAAACUGCCUCAGAGGAUGAAGUCCCCAGAAGCCCUAAAAAGUCAUCUCCAAAGGCUGAAAAUGAAAGUGAAAGUGCACCACUCUCAGGCCAUAUACAGGCGUCAAACAACAAGCACUAUGCCAAUAUUGGCCAAUAUUUGAAUGAAAUCUAUAACAGAGAACAAAUAUGCGACAUUUCAUUCAAACUGGGCAGCAUCGUUUACCCAGUGCAUAAAGUCGUCCUUGCUAGUCAGAGUCCGUUGUUUGAGAAGAUGUUUGACAGCAAGGACUUUACUCAGCCCCCCGUCAGACCUAGGCAAAUUAAGGUUACUGGAGUGUCAGACGGUGCUUUAAAGACAUUCCUAAAUUGCAUUUAUUCCGGUGAUAUCAAUAUUAUUAAACCUGAUUGUCUGCAUGAGGUACUUGACCUCUCACGGAUGUUCAAAGUGCAGCAAAUCACACGGAUGUGUUUGCAGAAAAUAUCCUCUCUUGGUCACCAUGACAUGCUGAAACUUUUGCAAAAGAUGAGGAGGCAUAAAGAUGUUCAACUUUGUGACAUUCUGAUGGAUGGCAUAGCCAAAGAUUUUAUGGAGAUUAGGAACAGUUCCUCUUUCUAUGGCUUAGAUGUGGAAACCAUCUGCAUGAUUUUGUCAAAUGAAAGGCUCGAUGUUAAUUCAGAGAUGGACAUUUUUGAGAGUGCUGUAAGUUGGCUUCACCAUCAUAAGGAGGAUCGAAUGAAGAAUCUGGAGAGAGUGAUGGAUACCGUGAGGUUCUCACACCUAUCAAGCCAGCAAUUGAUGGAAUGCUUUGUUAAAUGUCCCGCCCUUAAGCAGAGCUCCCAUUGUGUGGGCUUGAUCACUAUGGCUAACUGGGUUCAGACCUCAAUCAGCCUCAAUCAGCAAGAUCCUCUGAAUCUGGAGAUUCAAGAACCUCGGAGCCUUGCCAACAGUGGAGGAAGUGUUGAGCAAUAUCUGAAGACACACUGUAGUUCUGAGUUCAAGGAACCUGAUGUCACUUAUGACAUUGUCCUAAUGACUGAAGAUGCUGUCGAGGAUUUUAAUCGUCAUGCCUGUUCCCGAAGUCAAAGCUGGUCCACCAUUUCUGCACCUUGUAUCAAGCAAUACAGAGAAUCAAAAUGGUCUAUGAUGGAUGACACAGAAUGUGAACUAGCUGGAAAGCCAGCCAGAUUGGGAACUACUGGACUACAAAGCAUGGAUUGUAUGAUGGGGAGGAAACCAAAGCAAAAACAUGUUUCCAUAGCGGAGGGAAAAAGCAAUGACAAACAUGUCAAAAAGAAAAGGAGUAAACAACAUAAAAAACAGGACCACUCUGAUGGUAGAAAGGCAAUGGUUUGGGGAGGAGACCGGUGGUACAUGGUUGGUGGAGCCAGGUACAAAGAUUCGGAGUGUCCCUCCCCCACCAAUAAAGUAUUUGUGUACUCGUACGAGACCAAAGAGUGGAGACCAGUAGCUCCAUUGAAUGUUGCCAGGAUGGAGCAUUCCCUUUGUGAAGUAGAUGGCUAUAUAUUUGCUAUUGGUGGAAUAGGUGAAGGCAAUCGCUUGCUUUCAUCGGUGGAGUGUUAUAAUCCCAGAACCAACUGUUGGUUCUAUGUGAAGGCACUCCCUGAGCCCAGGGCUGCUGCCUCUACCUCGGCUGAGGGGGGCAAUGUUUGUCUGAAAGGGGGAUACAGUGCAAUAAAGAAUGGGAUGCCCUCCAGUUUUUACUAUGAGAACAAAGUUGAAUUAUUCUACAAUAUGGAAACCAAUAAGUGGUUAAGAAAAUACUGAGGCCCAUGCAUCAAACUGAAAUCUUUUCUGGAGUUAUUUUUUUAAAUUUUUUAUGGACAAAGGACAAAAAUCUAAACUUGAUCAAAUUUAUAUCUUUAUUGUCAGUAUAAUUUUUAAAAAAUUCAUUUGGUUUUAUGUAAAAUGGGGCAAAAGUAAUUAAAUUGUAUGCAACUGUU